AUGAAAGAGCACAAAGUUCAUGCCGGGGAUUCAUGCACAGAUGAUACAGAAACCCCGCACAUCCCACGUACAGCAAUACAUGAAACCAUCGUUUCCAAUCCAGGGAUAACAGAACGAUUAGAACAGGACAUUGGAUGUUUUGCUCGCUAUGGCUUUUCUUUUCGCCGAGACGAUGAGACUGGAAACGGUGUCUUGGUUUCGCCUUUAGUCCUACCCACUGCAAGCUCAUUUGCCAGACUUCAAAUCACCGUUUCGGAUGUGUCUCUGGUGGCUUCGAUAGGGCCAUUCUUACGAACACUUGUGCGAUUAUGCGUCCACCCCAUUCGGCCCCAAUCCUUGCUAGCUACAGUGGUUAUCAAAGGGUGUAUUGGAAGUAGUGGUAGCAGCAGCAGCCGAAGGCGGACCCCCGCUCGCAAAGAGGUCAGCAGCGCUGAAGGUGGUGUAUCAGCUGCUGCUGCUCGAUCCGUCGCACAUGCCAUUCAUAUGCUCAUCCGCAACAGCAUGGGCGCCGCAUUAUUUCUACGCUUGAAAGUAGUCUUGCCAGGAGCCCACGGUGAGGAUGGUAUUGUAGUCUUGAAAAGAGAUCAAGUGCUGUUGCAUAUGCAGCGGAAUGAUGACGGCUGUUAUGAGUAUCCUUCCGUCGAGAUCUGUGACCAUGACGAUCACAUCAUGCUGACACAGCCAACGAAAGAGACACCAGGCGAUGAUAAUGCAAGAAAUCCUUUCUCUAUUGACUUGGGAUUGGUCGAAGACUUCGAGGGGGCUCCGCCAAGUGUUACAAAGCCACUACAACAGAACUGUCUCCAUGGCUAUGAUCCUAGUUGCCAUUUCCUCGACUUGACAGUUUCUACCCGCAUGUGCACUGUCCGGCUAACACCACUUCUUUACGAUCUUUCCCAACGUUUGCUACUCUCACUACUGGAGGGCAACAUUGGUGAAGCAAAUGUCGACAAGGGUCGUCCAAUCAAUGGCGCGAAGAGGUCUGCAACCUUGAUGAUAUGUCUCGAAAAAGUAUCUAAUUUGUAUCGAGUCCUCAUGUUGUUGAGAGACUAUAGCCGACGUCUCUUUCAAGAAAGUGAGGGUGAUACACUGGCCGCCGAACAACCACAGCUGGUUAUUAUUUGUAAAUCAGAGGAUGUUGCACGACGGUUCGAUUCCGAGGCUCAAAAGUUCAUUUCCAAGAACUUCAUCGACCAGAAGUCAGGCAAAAAGACUGGCCGUGCGAUAUGGACUCCACGUGUCUUGUCUGUGGCUCAAGCUGUCGAGUUUGUAACGGAAGAGGUAGCUCCGUCACCGGUAGUUGGGUUUGAUCUUGAUGAUGGUGCAGUAACUCUUUCUGAGGCAAAUUCUGACGCCAAGAGGUUGCUGGCUACUGCUGGGGCAGUGCUCCUGGGAUACGAAAGCGAUGGUAUUCCCAAGGAACUUGACAAAAAAUUGACGGACUAUGUUCAAAUAGACUCAAGGACUAGUAUUAAUGUGGUCGCUGCCUUUUCUAUCCUGUGCCAUUUGAUUCUGAAUUGA